UUUGUCUUUUUUGGUCGGACAACUUACCCCGAAUCUUUGUGCUUUGUCUGCUUCUGAUUUGCCAGGAAGGGAUCUGUGUUCACUCCUUUCGACGAAGCAAAUCCGUCCGCCUGUAGUACAGCCAGCACUGUGUUCUCUCGGUGAACACCUAGCCAACCACAGCUCAGCACGACAAGAGCGAAAAAAAAAAAAAAAAAAGCAGUCACUUUGCAGCUGGAGGCAGGUUACCGCCUGAAGCUGUCAUUGGUCUAGCUUACUGUUUCAACUGAAGGAAGAUUCAACGUCGUAACUACGGUAGCAUUUGUCGAGAUGGCCAAGUCACCGGAACCCAAUGACAGCACCAUCACUACAAGGUACCACUAUUCCCCGCCAUGGGCCGAUUUGAGCAUCAUUGGGGUUGCUGGAAGCUCCGGUUCAGGCAAAUCUAGCAUUUCAGAUGCGAUUGUUAGAAAGCUUAACCUGCCGUGGGUUGUCAUCCUUUCAAUGGACUCCUUCUAUAAAACCCUCGACGCCGAAUCUUCCAAGAAAGCAUUCGCAAAUGAGUAUGACUUUGACGCACCCGAUGCCAUUGACUUUGACGCUCUCGUCAAGCUUUUGCGUGAUUUGAAGGCUGGCAAGCGAGCAGAAAUACCUGUAUAUUCAUUCGUGAAACAUCAGCGCAUGGAGGAGACUACCUCAAUCUACUCCCCACAUGUCCUAAUCCUUGAGGGCAUCUUUGCCCUGUAUGACCCCAGAGUAUUGGAGCUUUUGGAUAUGAGAAUUUUCUGCGAAGAAGAUGCAGAUGUCUGCCUCACCCGUCGUAUUAUCCGAGACGUUAGAGACAGGGGCCGGGAUGUAGAAGGCAUCAUCAAGCAGUGGCUCGCUUUCGUGAAGCCAAAUUUUGUCAAGGCAAGCUACACUCAUAAUGCUCCACCGAUGACACCUUGUCAGCUAACCCAUUCCAUCUUCAUUCAGUUCGUGGAUCCUCAAAGAAAAGUGGCAGAUAUCAUUGUCCCUCGUGGCGUUGAGAACAAGGUUGCUAUCACCAUGAUGGUUCAGUACAUUGAGCAGAAGCUGCUGGAGAAGUCCAAGCAGCACCGAGCAGCGCUAAGCAGGCUUCAGCUGGAGUCGUUGGAGACACCGCUGUCCAGCAGGGUUAUCUUUAUCGAGCAGACCCCGCAGCUACGCGGAAUAGACACUAUCUUGCACGACAUAGACACAAGCAGCGAGGACUUCAUCUUCUAUUUUGAUCGACUUUCCGCACUUCUCAUUGAACUAGCCCUCAACCAUGUGAGGUUCGAGUCCACCACAAUCACCACCCCUCAGGGCUAUACCUACAACGGUCUUCGCCGCGCACAGGGCGACAUCUCGGCAAUCGUGUUGGAGCGCGGCGGUGCCGCCCUCGAGGUGGGACUGAAACGCGUGAUCCCCGACUGCAAGACGGGCCACAUAGUGAUCGAGUCCAACGUCAGGACCGGCGAGCCCGAGCUCAAGUACCAGAAGCUGCCGCGCGAUAUUCAAUCCCACGGCAGCGUGCUACUACUCGACUGCCACAUGUCGUCGGGCGGUUCUGCCCUGAUGGCGGUCCAAGUCCUGCUGGACCACGGGGUGACGCAGGAUAGCAUCGUCCUUGCGACAUACUCGGCCGGCCGCAUGGGCCUGCAUCGGCUGACGACCGUGUUCCCGGAAAUCACGGUGGUGGCCUGCAAGCUUGUGCAGGAUAUCGAGGAACGCUGGAUCGAGAAGAAAUAUUUUAGGUGCUGAGCUGAGCCACUGGCUCUCAAGCAUGUUGCCAGCACUUGAAACGAUAUCAUAACAUUAAUGUUCAUAUUUAUAUAUAUAUUACUGAACAGGACAAUGACACGUAUACAUCAGCGGCAUCCAAGCGAUAGGCUUUCUUAUUUUCACUGGGUCUUGGGGUUUUUCAUUAUGGAGCAGUAUGGUGUAAAUA